AUGAGAGGGAAACAUCAAGGUGAAGCGCAAAACUCAUUCAGCGCUCCAAGCGCUUCUGCCCCUCACCACAAAUUGGGCCCACCAAGCCACCGCAGACCUGCAGGUAGGAACCGAGGCCCUCAUCAACCAAACUUGAAAUACCGUGUCGUGAAUAAGUCCGAAUCGGUUUCUUCCUCCAAUUCUCACUCCGUUAAGGAUGUCAAUGUUGAUGCCACUGUCGCAUCGCUAAAUCGCGAUGGCGAGGACGGUGGCCUUGCCUUCGAGCUCAACACAGUCGAUAACAUCGAUCGCGUGGCUCGUUCCAGCAAGGUCGAGGAAGGAGGCGGCGACGACGACGACGAUGAUGAUGGUGAUGAUGAUGAUAUUCAGACUAGGCUUGAUAAUUUGCUCCGUAAAAUUGAGGAACCUGAAUUGUCCGAGGAGCAGAUCAGAAUCAAUGAUCAAUUGCAGCAAGAUGAGGUAGAAUAA